AUGUCGGCACGGAAACUGCAAGCGGAGAUCGACAAGGUCUUCAAGAGAAUCGCGGAAGGUGUCGCGGUCUUCGAGGGCAUCUACGAGAAAUUGAUGACUUCACAAAAUCCGGCGCAAAAGGAUAAACUUGAGUCGGAUUUGAAGAAGGAAAUCAAGAAGCUGCAACGACUGCGUGAUCAGGUGAAAACCUGGGCAGCAAGUAACGAAAUCAAGGACAAGAAGCCGUUACUGGAGCAGCGUAGAUUGAUUGAGACACAAAUGGAGAAGUUCAAGGCUGUUGAGAAGGACCUGAAAACCAAGGCUUUCAGCAAGGAGGGUCUCAGUGCAGCGGCCAAGCUCGAUCCUAAAGAGCAGCAAAAGAUGGAAACAUGCACAUGGCUGUCGAAUCUUGUGGAUGAGCUCGAACGGCAAAUAGAGCAGCUGGAAGCCGAAUCGGAAACCUUACAAGUAGGCGCGAAGAAGAGCAAGCGCGACUCGAGUAAGAACGAGAGGCUAGGAGAGGUGGAUCACUUAAUAGAGCGGCAUAAGUGGCAUCAAGGGAAGAUUGAGCUGAUAUUAAGAGGACUGGAGAACGGCAAUCUGGCUGUGGAUGAGGUGCUGGACCUGAAAGAUGACAUUGACUACUACGUCGAGUCAAAUCAGGACGUUGACUUCGCUGAGGACGAGCACAUCUAUGAUGAGCUUACACUCGACGAGGAGAUGUACAACGCCCUUGACAGAGAGGAUGAGUCCGACGUUGAUUUGUUGGAUGACGAGCCUGUGAGGAGUCCGGUGAAGGAGGACAGGCCUGAACCACCAACACCGGCAAAAUCAAAACCGGCAGAUGCUCAGCCACCAACACCAGUGCGGAAGUCGAGUGUACCAGUGGCAGCGAAAGCACCAACACCACCAACGCCUGCACCAGUAACAGCACCCGCACCUGCGCCGGCACUAUUACCAGCAGCGACGAUCAGUUACGCAAGUGCAGCGGCAGCGGCAGCAGCAGCGGAGGCAGCAAGAGGACCUGGUAUCCAGCCGCUGCCACCACCGCCUGGAUUGAGGCGUACCGGAACCAAUACUCCUGCACCCAGUACACCUGUACCAGGUACCCCAGUAGCAAGUACACCAGAGUUGCCGCAUUCCAAGCCUGCAAGUUCACAUGGUCUGCCAUCUGCACCGCCAUCGGCACCAGCAUCAGCACCAGUGGAAGAGCCUGCACCAGUGCAGGAGGUUAUGCCUGAAGAGUCUGAGCUCGCACCAAGUACUGCCAACGGAACCGAACCAUCGAUGGAAGAGAACGUGUCUCCGGUAUCGCCACCGGAAUUCAACGCUGCGGAGGUCGCUGCGAACCUACCACCCGGUCUCCAGGAUCUUAUCGCGUCUUUCCAGGCAGCACGGGCACGCUCAGUGGCACCACCACCAAUCACCUCCGUCUACCAGCUCCUCGAGACUUCAUUGACGUACGUCCCCGACGCCCUCGACGCCCAAAGACCAAAACACUACACCCCUGAGAACCCCUACCCAACACCCUCCUACUACCCUCAAGUACCCUCCCCAAUUUUCGAAGAACCCAUGCUCUUCGAAAAAAUCGACAUCGACACCCUCUUCUACGUUUUCUACUACCAACAAGGCGCCUACCAACAAUACCUCGCCGCACGCGAACUCAAACGUCAAUCAUGGCGCUUCCAUAAGAAGUACCUGACGUGGUUCCAGAGGCAUGAGGAGCCGAAGGUUAUUACGGAUGAGUAUGAGAGUGGGACGUAUAGGUAUUUUGAUUUCGAGGGGGCUUGGGUGCAGAGGAAGAAGCCUGAGUUCAAGUUUUUGUACCAGCAUUUGGAGGAUGAGGAUAAGGCUGUUUCUCCUCAAUAG